CGGUCUCGCGCGGUGUAGUUCUCAUAUAUGGUCACUUAAUCCUUGACGUACCCUUUCUAAAAACAGACCAGAAGUCGAGGAAGGUGACGAAGCGUUUUGUACGCUUCCCACAUGGUUAGACAGUAUCACAACUGCAUUUCUUUUGUAAGAAAAUAAAAACAGACAGACCAACACACAGCAGAGUGCGCUCUGCGUGAUGAGCGUGGGUUUGGAUUAUUGGUGCCCAAGACCAUGGAGAGUUUGGAGAGGCAGUUGAUAUGCCCUAUUUGCCUUGAGAUCUUUACCAAGCCGGUGGUGAUCUUACCGUGCCAGCACAACCUCUGUCGCAAAUGUGCCAAUGACAUCUUUCAGGCCUCAAACCCCUACCUGUCCACACGAGGAAGUUCUACAUUGGGCUCUGGUGGCCGGUUCCGCUGCCCAUCCUGUAGGCAUGAAGUGGUUCUGGAUAGGCAUGGGGUGUAUGGCCUGCAAAGGAACCUGCUGGUGGAGAACAUCAUAGAUAUGUACAAACAGGAAUCCAGCGGCAGCAGUAAGCCUGAGCCAGAACUGAAGAACGAUGUGUUGAUGUGUGAGGAGCAUCCGGAUGAGAGGAUUAAUAUAUACUGUGUGACCUGUUCUAUUCCAACUUGUUCGCUAUGUAAAGUCUUUGGGAGUCAUCAGUCCUGUGAGGUUGCUCCACUCAAAUCUGUCUAUGAGACCCAGAAAGCCGAGUUGUCUGAUGGUGUUGCUGUGUUGGUUGGUAACAAUGACAGAAUUCAGGGCAUCAUCAGUCAGCUAGAGGAAAGCUGCAGAGCAGUGGAGGAGAACGGUCGUAGGCAGAAGUCUCGUGUAUGUGAGUGGUUUGAUCGUCUGUAUGCUCUCCUGGAAGAGCGCAGAGGAGAACUCACACUGAAGGUCACCGCAGAACAGCAGGAGAAACUUGACUACAUUGGUGGCCUACAGUGCAAUAUGUUUAUGCAAUCUUUACACACUGCCAAUCACAGCAAUCACCUGUGUAGUUACAGAGAGCACCUGGAUAACACAGCCAAAUUAGUGGAGACAGGAAUUCAGACAAUGGAGGAAUCUGAGAUGGCCAUCUUCUUGCAGAAUACAAAGCCUCUACUACAAAAAAUAGCAGAAGGCAGGAAUGUGUCUCAUUUAGAAAAGGUGGAACGUGGAUAUGAAAAUAUGGAUCAUUUCACUGCAAACUUCAGCCCUGAACGAAGAGCAAUACUCAGCAUAGACUUUACUAAGGAUGGUGAUGAAAAUGAAGAGGAUGAUGAUGAGGAAGAAUCAGCAGGUACUGUAAGUCCAGAGACUCAGCCAUCUUUAGUGGCUACGCCCGCCCCGGCCCAGCAGAGACAAACCCCUGUACCAACAUCUCCACCAACGGCAGCUGACUCCUCCCAGAUGUCAUCAAAACCAAGCCAAUCGGUGAACAUCAACCCAGCAGAGAACACGCCCUUAUUUACGCCCACUCCAGACACAAGUCACAACUCUUCCACAGAUGCACUUGCUCAGGUAACUGCCGGUCCCAGCCAGACAUCUGAGGAUGGACCACACCACGUUUUCUCUUUUUCCUGGUUAAAUAUGCCAAAAUAAUGUCAGACUAAGUUAGUAAACCUGCAACAUCACAGUUUGUUCCAGAAAAGUACUUCAUAACUAAUAUUUUGUUACUUUGACACUUAAGUCAUAAAUAUGCAUUUAAUAUCAGUGUAAGAUAAAAACACAAAAGUUAGGCAUAAAUAUUCAUUGAUAACAUUUUCUAACUAUAAAGAUAGCUGACUAAAAUGGGAAAUAAAGGAUUAUUAAUGUGUAUAGAUCUUGUCUUUUGUAUAUGUUAAUACUGAUGAUAUGCCUGUUUCUGAAUAAAUUAAAAGAUGAAGGAAAAGGCCUACAAGAAUAAAAAUAUUUUAAACAAAAGAGUAUUCACAUGUAAACCUUAUACAUGUCUUACGUCUCUUUAUAAAUAAACAUAAAAUCAUAUUUUAAUACGUUAUACAUAUAAUGUUUGUGUAAGUCGUGUAUUAUUUUCCUAAAUCGUUCAUAAUCUUGCGGUUGUUGCUCGCGCGCUGGGCCAGUUGUUCGGCUCGCGCCAUCUGCAGCACCUCGCGCAACAGGUGAAAAGUCAGAUCCAGCGAAAUUGGCGGAUCCUCAGACCGGCGCUCCCGCUUCUCGAGGCUGUUCAGGAUCUCGUUACCGACACUACCGAGAUUACCUCCUAACCGCCGCUGCGUGAGCUGCAGCUGAAGCGCCUCGGUGCGUGUCGGUGAUCUCCGGUCAGGCGCGCGCGAACUGUGAGCGGCGUUGUCCAGCCUGAUGAAGUACUCCGCUCCUGAGCGCAUCAGAACCGGCAGCCGCAUGUUCGUGUGUCCGGGGGCGGAUCCAGAAAGCGAGACGAAGACAACGAGAGACACAGCAGCGAGUAGCACGUGCAGCUUCAUUGAGGGAAACUCCCGGUUAUCUGAAUAAACAUGAAAUUAUAGGCAAUAAAAACGUGUCCAGGACU